CUUAUCACAGAUCAUUAUACGUAUAAUUCGUCCACUUUUACAGAGUGUAUCCGUAUACGUAUAAGGAUCCUUGGUAAGUCGCUGGCAUGCGAUACCUUGGAGUAUAUUGUCGACAUGUAAUUGGUGGAUGGCGCGGUCUGGAUCAUGACUACAGGUCACUUUAGCUGGCUAAAAUCCAAUUCAUAUCAAGGCCUCUGUGAUAAUUCAAUGUCUAGUUCAUAAGUUGAUAGGCCUAUAUGAUAUCAGCAGGCGGUAAUACACUGCUGAUUGGACAUUAUCAUACAAUCGGUAACAACAAUAUCUGAGUAGACUAGAAUUUUUCUGCUGUCAGAGUGUAGUUGACGCCAAGUAACGCUUCAAGAUUUCACCCCAGUGGCUUUUGCAGGAUACGAUGUUGAGUAGGGUCUUGCGGAAAUUAACAAGUCACUUCCCCGCUCGACGUAGAAAUGUCAACCCUGGAUCGAGGGCAUCUACUCGACCUCAUCCCGCAGUCACUUCAGCGUCAAAACGAAGUUGCAUGUUUUCUCAUUCGGAUGCAAAAAGAACCGCUAUUUUAGAACAAGCCACUCAUCUCGAGCUUGUUCACGAUGGCCAAGUCAUCCAGCUCCACCCGUUCUGGCUGCGGGAUAAUUGCCAAUGUUCGUCAUGUUUCGAUCACGCAACUGCCCAGAGGAUGGUCAGGUUCCAGGACAUUGACCCAGAGAUACAGCCAGUACGUCAUAUCUUAGAGGGGAACAGUCUUAACAUUACAUGGCCAGACGGACACCAGUCGUCUUUCUCCGUCUCGUGGCUGGCCGGUAAUGAUAUCAAAAACACUUUCAAAUCAAAAGUUGACCGAGUUCUAUGGAAUGGUGACAAUUACCACGAAUUGAAAUGCGAGAGAAUGAAGUACAACGAUUUUAUGCACGAGGAGGAAUGCAUCAAACUGUUUCUCAGAAAUAUUAUCAAAUAUGGAUUCACUUUUGUUGAUGAGGUACCCGCUGACAUUGAGUCUACCAAAAUGGUUUGCCAGCGCGUUAGUCACUUACACGAGACGAUCUUCGGAAAAAUUAUGAGCAUCACUGGCCAGGGGUCGCUCUCACUAGAUGAUACAUACUUCACGAACAUUGCUUUGGAUGCUCAUACCGACUUGUCGUACUAUCAGCACGCGCCUGGGAUCCAAUUUUUCCACUGUCUCUACCAUGACGGAAAAGGAGGUGAAACCCUGAUGGAAGACGGAUUCUAUUGCGCUCAGAAACUUCUAGAGACUGAGCCGGAAGCCUUUGAUGUGUUGGCCAACACACCCGUCCGCCACAGCUACGCUGAGCCAGGAGUCUACUGCCAGAGUUUGGACACCAUCAUACGCCUUCAUCCCUACACCAAAGAGAUUCAACAGCUAAGGUUUAAUAACUACCGGCGUACCAUGUCCCUACCCUUGGAUCGUACCAUGAAGUUCUACAGGUCCAUUGGUGCUUUAACUGAUAUCAUCGAGGAUCAGAGGAACGUCCACUGGGAGAAACUCCACCCUGGAACAGUUUACUUCAUCGACAACUGGAGGGUGAUGCACGGGCGCCGGGCUUACACUGGAGAGAGGACGCUCUGUGGGGGUUAUCUUGAUCGAGACUCAUGGAUGUGCAAGGCUCAAUCACUUGGCAUCAUUGACCAUUGAGGAUCCAUUCCUUCGCAAGUAACAUCAACUCGACUUCUCAAUACAUUCGCCGGAUGCCAUUUUGGUGUCCGAACUUCCGACGACAUCGGACACUACAACGGCAACGAUGGGUCAUUCACAAUAAAAUGGGAAACGUGCAAGAGUGUCUUCGGAAGACACUAACCAGAGAGAAAUCACACUGGAAUUGUGUGCUUUUUUGUCACACACCAAUAACUGAAAACAACAUGAAUUUCAUUUUUUGACAAAUCAUUUUAUUGUCAUGUUAUAUUCUACACACUAUGUUCAGACCUAAAAGUUUCGUAAUAUGUACACAAUAAAUAUAUCAAUCUAUUCAAAUAUAAA